CAAGAAACCAUAGCAGCCCAAAGCCAAGCAGAACGAUGGUUAUCUCCUUUGGUUCCUCCCCGAGGUCUCCGGCAUCCGAUUUCACAUAUUACCGAAUGCGGUGAUUAUGAUGUCGCGCCAGGCCAUUCUGCCGCGUUUUGCCGCCUGAAAUCCCCCGUUGGCCGAAGCCAAAAAAGUUCCUCCGCUCAGUCUCAAUCGACGGUUCCCUGUCUUAUUUACUCCCUGUAGUAUCUUCAAAUCUCGUUUCCCCCAUUCUCUAUCUACCCUCGGCAAAAGCGCUGCUCUCGUUAUGGCGCCCCCGCGCCAACGAGUCCACGACGACUCUCGAUCAGAAGCCUCCAGCACGACUACAAAGGAGCUCAAGACGGGCGGAGCUAAGGGAAGGAAAGCAGCGAAUGGUGGGGUCGCAGCAGCGGCGUUGUCUUCUCGUGAAGCAAAAGUCGCUGCCAAUUCUGCCAAUGUUACCAGCGCCCCCGCUGCACAAGCAGAGUCGGCGGACAGUUUGCCCAGAAUCACCUGGUCCGAAAUGCCUCUCGAAUUCCUCCACUCCUACCGACACGCCUACAAGUUGACAUCACCCAGCGCCUUCUCUAGCGAAUAUGCCCACAAUCUUCUCUCGCGAGGGAUUGGUCUCCGAUCGCCCACAGCUAUUGCCGCUCAACGAGCCCAUCUCUCCAAACAAGAGCCCUCCCAAAAGACCAACGGCUCCUCUUCCUCCGCUCAGAGACACUCCCUGAACCACAAAACCAACACUCCCAAUGGCAUCAGUGGAAGCACUCACGCUCGCUCGAAGAAAUCAAGCGUCAUGAAUGGAAAACCCGCAUUGAAUCACAUCAUUGGUCAAGACAGGGUGGGCAAGAAAGAGCUCGCUACCGCAGUGCGCAAGCAUUUUAACAGCGCCGGUCUUAUGGAACAAGAAGCGAUCGCACGAUUUCUUUACAAGGUCCGCGAGGAAGGUCGAGGACGACAUUUCCGUUUGAAAUUCCAGCCAUGAUUUUACAACUUGGAAGGAAUUUUGACCCAACUCGUCUCUCUCUCUCUCUCUCUCUCUCUCUCUCUCUCUCUCUCUCUAUCUCUGCCUACCUGUAUCUCUGCGCGUGCACUUUUGGCUGGUUGGAGUUUCCACGUCUUGUACAAGAUAUUGCUGUUGAUAGGAGGAUUCAUUUUUUUCCCAUGUCCCCCUUUCUUUCUCAUGAUAC